AUGAGACCCGGCCGCGUGCGCGACUUGCGCCAGGAGACCGCCGGCAUGUUCUACCAUGGCUUUGAUAGCUACAUGGCCGUCGCAUUCCCGGAAGACGAGCUACGCCCCGUAUCCUGCACGCCCCUGACGCGCGAUUCAAGGAACCCCCGAAACUUUGAGCUCAACGACGUGCUCGGGAACUACUCCCUGACCCUGAUCGACAGCCUGUCUACCCUGGCCAUCCUUGCGUCCGCCCCUCCGGAAGACGGGAACACGGGCCCCAGGGCCCUGGCCGAUUUCCAGAACGGCGUGGCCCACCUGGUCCGCCAGUACGGUGACGGCCGCCCCAGCGCUUCGGGCGUCGGGCUGCGCGGCCGGGGCUUCGAUGUCGACAGCAAAGUCCAGGUGUUCGAGACGGUCAUCCGGGGAGUCGGAGGCCUGCUCAGCGCCCACCUGUUUGCCAUUGGCGCGCUGCCCAUCACCGGGUACCACCCCCGAAGCCCGGGAGACGACCCUCUGCAUCCGUCGCCCGUUGCCUGGCCGAACGGGCUGAGAUACGAUGGCCAGCUGCUUCGCUUGGCCCUAGAUCUGGGACAGAGGCUUCUCCCAGCCUUCUAUACUAAGACUGGCAUGCCGUACCCACGCGUCAAUCUGCGCCACGGCAUUCCCUUCUACGCUAACUCGCCCCUGCAUGACGUGCCCCCGGGUGCUAGCGGUGCCGAGGGACCUCCCGAAAUCACCGAGACGUGUAGCGCCGGGGCCGGCUCUCUGGUGCUGGAAUUCACUGUUCUUAGCCGCCUCGCUGGCGACCCGCGCUUUGAGCAGCUUGCCAAGCGAGCCUUCUGGGCCGUCUGGUACCGGAAGAGCCAGAUAGGCCUCAUCGGUGCCGGUGUCGAUGCCGAGCACGGACAUUGGAUAGGAGCCUACUCCGUGAUUGGCGCCGGCGCCGACAGCUUCUUCGAGUACGCUCUGAAGUCGCACAUCCUCCUUUCGGGCCAUGAGCUUCCUAACAGAACUGCUGCUGCCCUGCUGCACCCCGGUGCCGGGUCUGACUGGAUGGACCCGAACACCCUCUUUGCUCCCCUCAGCGACACUGAAAACUCACCCGACUCGUUUCUCGAGGCUUGGCAUCACGCACACGCCGCCAUCAAGCGCCACCUCUACAGCGAGAAGGACCAUCCCCACUACGAGACGGUCAAUCUGUGGACUGGCUCGCUAGCGUCCAAUUGGGUUGAUAGCUUAGGGGCUUACUACUCGGGCCUCCUCGUGCUCGCCGGCGAGGUAGACGAAGCUAUCGAGACCAACCUGCUCUACACUGCCAUAUGGACCCGCUACUCUGCGCUUCCAGAGCGAUGGUCCAUCAAAGACAAGACUGUCGAGGGUGGCCUCGGGUGGUGGCCGUUGCGGCCCGAGUUUAUCGAGUCGACAUACCACCUGUAUGGUGCUACUAAGGAUCCCUGGUAUCUGUACGUCGGUGAAAUGGUCCUCCGGGACAUUCGGAGACGGUGCUGGACCCCGUGCGGCUGGGCCGGUCUGCAGAACGUGUUGGAUGGGGAGAAGAGCGACCGCAUGGAGAGCUUUUUCCUGGGCGAGACAACCAAGUACAUGUACCUCCUCUUUGAUGACUCGCAUCCGCUGAACAAGCUCGACGAGGCCUAUGUCUUCACCACCGAAGGCCAUCCGCUUAUCAUUCCAAGAGCGAGGCCGAGCGGCAAACCCCGCCGGGGGCCGCAAUCUGGCGGCAAGGAGCUGGCAGUUUACUACGACGAGAGCUAUACCAACCAGUGUCCAGCGCGCCCGGCCGUCACCCCCCUCACAGGCUCCGUGACGGCAGCCAGGGAGGACAUAUACCACGCUGCUCGGAUGCUGGACCUGCAUCUGAUAGACAACUCGGGCUCGGAUUCCGAGUCUGACAGGCCUGCUGCCAAAUCCGAGUUCACGCUCUUCCCCUGGACGCUUCCUCCCGAGUUACUUCCGGGCGAUGGCAUGUGCUCAAAGGUCUACCAGCCUCUCGAAGUCACGUUGGAGUUUGCCGCAAACGCCCAGCAGGUAGUCGGGGGUAGUGCCUUUAACUUUAUGGUGGGGUCCCAAAAUAUGGAGCGCUUAAGCGCAGAUCGUAUCCGAGUGUCCAGCCUCUCGGGCUUAAAGGUGGCGAUGCGGCUGGAGGACGACGCCGGGGAUCGCGAGUGGCGAGUUAACCGCAUCAAUGGCGUCCCGCUGGGUCGGGACGAGUUUGUCGUCCUGGACCGAGCCAUCCUCGGGGAUCUUUCGGACCCUAGGUUCAAUCUCGUCCGAGACCAGGUCGUCGUGAAGCUGCAUCAGCUGCACCAGGUUCAAGUGUCCCGCAACGAGUCAGCUGGCGUUGAUGCGCUAGAUAUGCAGCACGAAGAGGAUGAGGAUGUUGAAGAUGACGAUUUCGACGAUGACGUGGAUGCUGCAUUACAAGACGACUCUGAUGCCCGUCCAUAUACAGCCACCUCGCGAGUCACCGAGAUUGGAUCCUUUGUAAAGUCACUGCUUAGAAAUGUGGUCGCCUCGUUGGAUCUCCAGGUCUCGAAUGCGUCGACAGCCGCCCUUCUCGGCAAUAAGGGAGGUGCCGGCGGCCGACCCCAACCCUACAACCUCGUCAUAAACCAGACUGCCGUGACACCGACGGGUGUGGGCGCCGCGCCGCUACCCGCCGUCAACGUACCCUCGGGCGCCCACGUGCCCGAGCUCGGCCCCGUCCCCCGCGGCAUCUUCCCGUGGACCACAGUCUACGCGGCUGGCGACGCUUGCGCCGGGCCGCUCCCAGAAGCAGCGUCCCGCGACCACCAGGUCAUGGUGAUGCGGCGCGGAGGCUGCAGCUUCAGCGCCAAGCUCGCCAACAUCCCCGCCUACCAGCCCGCGGUAGCGUCGCUGCAGCUCGUCGUCGUGGUGUCGGACGAGGACGAGGACGAGACAGGCGAGGCCGACUCGUACCGCGCCUACGCGCUCUCAACCGCAGCCGCCAACCUCGUCCGCCCGCUUCUCGACGAGCCACAGCUCACGCCCGGCGGUAUCCCCCGGCGCCACCCCAUCGCAAUGCUUCUCGUCGCCGGCGGCGACAACGCGUACCGUCACCUCGCCAUGGCUGAUGCAGUUGGCCUAUCGAGGCGGUAUUAUAUCGAGAGCCAGGGGUCGCGGGUCAGGAAUAUCAUUGUCGACGAGGGCGACGCCGGUGCUACCCUGUGA